UACUUUGUUUUUGCGUACCUGGUCUUUGUUCUCAGCGGAUUAGGCAUGUCUGGUCGUGGCAAAGGAGGUAAAGGUUUGGGUAAAGGAGGUGCCAAGCGUCACCGAAAAGUGUUGCGGGAUAACAUCCAAGGCAUCACCAAGCCGGCCAUUCGGCGCCUUGCUAGGCGUGGUGGGGUUAAGCGAAUCUCCGGUUUGAUUUAUGAGGAGACUCGUGGCGUUCUCAAGGUGUUUCUGGAGAACGUGAUCCGGGACGCCGUGACCUACACGGAGCACGCCAAGCGCAAGACUGUCACUGCCAUGGAUGUGGUUUACGCGCUCAAGCGUCAAGGACGCACCCUGUACGGCUUCGGCGGUUAAUCUUUUCGUCAGUUUUCUUCCAAUGGUCCUUUUCAGGGCCGCCCACUCCUUCUCAGAAAGAGCUGUGAUUGUAUUCUUUCGGAUGGUAACAUCUUCAUGGCUUUACUCGGCUACUUUGCCUAGUAUGUAGAACUAUUACAAACCAGUUGGGAGAGACCAGGUUGUUUGGUCUGAGUGGCUGCUAAAGCAGAAAUCAGCUAAGCAAACGAGGUCUCGGAGAUAAGUGAGCUAUAAACUUUAAUGCUAUAGUUUUGACAUGUCAAGCAACUUAACGUGCAGCGCGAGUCCGAUAAAUGAGUAGCUCAGCUUUUUAGUUUUAAAAACGAGUUCUGCGUUAUUUGUACGAGAGCCUAAGAUGCUAGCUGCCUGGAACUGAGUAGGUGGAUUAAAAUGGGUGUCAGGUGUUCUCCCAGGCGUAUCUGACUUAACGUCAGCAAAAGCUGUACUUUUAGCCUCCCUGGGAACACCUGCCGUCCUUAAUCGCCCCCUGUCCGUAGCGCCAGAAGCCUUUACUUCCAUUUCUAGUUAAGCUUGGCGUCCUGCUGAGUGACGUCACCUCCCCCUUCCCUGGAGUAGGACUGGUGGUUAAAGCUGCUUUGCUAUUUUCAGUCCUCAGGCUGGAGGCUCCCCUAAGCAGGCUGCCUACGCAGUUCGUAAAUUCCCACUUAGUAGACUAAGGGAGUCUGUUUUAUAAAUAAGGACUCAAAUUUCUUCUGACUCCGAGGUCCGUGGCAGUAGCUAUAAGAUGGAAGCCCCCUCUGAUAAAAGAUUGUUAGAUGACUUGCAUCUUCACUGUACCUGUCAACCCAAUAGUCUUCUAUUCCUGCCUUAAAUUGUAAAUUCCAAAACUGAUUUAAUUGUGAAAGUUUCAAACUGUACGACCUAGGAAGUGUCAAAGUUAGGUGACAAGAUUUUUAGAAGUCAGCCAAAUAUUCAGCAUCUUUGAUUUAGUAACAAAUAUAUUGAUGGCUACUUCAGCAAAAAAAAUCAACUUUGUUUUCUGGUUACUUUGCUAACAAGCUUCUCCUGACAGGAGGAUAUAGUGAAUAGGCAGUUGAAUAAGUGAGUUCGGGUGAGAGGUCUGAGCUGGAGAUAAAAAUGUGGGAGUCAUCAGCAGAUAAAUAAAUGCUGAGACCAGAUGAGAUGGCUAAAAACUGAAACAUAAUGUAGUGCAGCAUUGUUUGUAAUAGUAAAUGAGUGGAAACUGUAAAGUUUUCAUCAGAAAGGACUAGAGUGUGAUCUGUACAUCCAUAAAAUAAGAGUAUUUCUCUACACAGCCCUACUAAAGAAUGAGAAAGCUGUACUCCACUACAUACUCUGGUGUACUCUGGCUCAGUUCUUGGACUCCUCUUUUCUUGGCUAACUCAACUGGCCUCACCACUUACAUGCUCUGUGCUCUGUGAAAUAGUUUGUUCAACAGAACACCACGGCCUAGCUGUAAGUGCCACGUUAACUUCUAGCAAUGCCAAAGCCUGUGAUAGUGGCAGCUUCGGGCUGUUUCUCAUUCCCGGGAUGCCUAACCACCUCUCCAAAUUCUAUCAGUUUGCUUCCACCCACUUCAAGCUUCAGAACGAAACAUAGAGCUUAAGAAAAAUAGGCCCGGCACGGUGGCUCACGCCUGUAAUCCCGGCACUUUGGAAAGCUGAGGCUGGUGGAUCACCUGGGGUCAGGGGUUCGAGACCAGCCUGGCCAAUAUUGUGAAACCCCGUCUCUACUAAAAAAAAAAUAAUAAAAAAAAAAAUUAGCUGGGCAUGGUUGCGGGCGACUGUAAUCCAAGCUACUCGGGAGGGUGAGACAGGAGAAUAGCUUGAACUCGGGAGGCAGAAGUUGCAGUGAGUUGAGAUCGCGCUAUUACACUUAGGCCUGGGAGACAAGAGUGAAACUGUGUCUCUAAAUAAGUGUUUGCAAUUAUAAACCAUCUCCCUGACCUUAAAUCUCUAGACUCAUAUACAACUGCAUAUUUGAUGUAUCUAAUUGAAUAUCUAAUGGGCAUCUCGAACUUGUCCAAAAUAUGUUUAUACGUAAACACCAAGUCUGUUCUUCCUCUGAUAUUUGUC